UGUAUUCAUGAUCAGAGCACUAAGUGAUCAUUUCAUUAUAAUGGAACAUGUUGUGCUGCUGCUGGUGUGUGUUAACCCCUUGGUUCGGUGCUAUAGCUCUGGUAAAGUUAUGGACAGCUGUGAAGACAUGCGACCCUACCACUCUGGGCUGAGACCGCAGGAAGCACCAGCGCCCUUCACCGUCACAACAGACCACUUCAGCUACAUACUUGGAAAGGAGGUGAAAGUUCAGCUCCAGGCUCCAGCCGCCAAACCAUUCAUUGGUUUCCUGUUACAGGCUAGAGAGGUAGGGGGUCGGGCACCUGUGGGCUCCUUCGCUCUGACAGCAGGGGCCACUCAGCUCCUCACCUGCAGCCAGAGGCCCAACUCAGCUGUAUCCCACACAUCAGAUUCUGUUAAGACCUCCAUUCAGGUGACAUGGAGAUCAGAAGCAUCAAAAGACAUGAAACCUAUUCAGUUCUGUGCAUCCUUUGUGCAGAAUUACAAGACAUUUUGGGUCGAUGUUACAAGUCCUGUCAUGAACUUCACUAAUCACAAUAGUGGUGAUUCAACACGUCUCCCUACGCCACCAACAACCACAAUAUAUCAACCUGUACCACCUGUUGCGAGUAUUACCAGUGCAGAUUGUGGUGUCACCAAGCUGUGUUUCAGUCAGCCUGCAAACUGUAACCCUACAGCCAAUGCUGAAUGUUAUUUCAUGUCAGCCAUGAUGUUGUCUCCAACUGCUGCAGCCGUCCGCUAUGAGUUGACAGGUCCAUCUGAUGGAUACGUCUCUUUUGGAUUCUCAGAUGAUCAGAUGAUGGGAAACGAUGACAUUUAUAUUUGUGACAUUGGCAAUAACGGCAUGGUGCGGUUGCAGCAUGCUUUUUCAGCAGGACAAACAACUCCACAAGCUAUUCCUCUGGGUAAUGUCUCUGAUGUAAGAGCCUUUGUGCGGGACGGGGUGAUCAGCUGUUCCUUUACCUCCAUGAAUAUCGUUUCUACUCAGAGGAACACUGGCUUCAACAAAACCUACUAUCUCCUGUUUGCCCAUGGACCCAACAGUAAUGGAAUAUUCCAGUUCCAUACAGGCACCUUCAUCAGCUCUGACAAAGUAGACAUCUCCAGACCUCGGAUUGUCAGAAAAGCAGGUUGGCCUCAUAUCAUCAAAGCACAUGGAGCAAUGAUGCUGAUAGCGUGGAUGACCAUUGGAUCAUUCGGAAUGAUGGUAGCCCGAUAUCUGAAAGGGGCGACCAAAACACAGCACCUGUGCGGCAAAGAUGUCUGGUUUCUGGUCCACGUUGCACUGAUGAGUGUGACAGUAGCAGCCACAAUCAUCGCAUUCAUCCUCUCCUUCUCAUACGUCAAAGCCUGGUCUGGGGUCAGUGUAAUGCAGCACUAUUAG